ACCCCCAAAGCCGGUGCCCCGCCUGCCCGCAGCACCUUUGGUCACGUGCCCACUGCACACCUGACACUGACACCAAUGCCCGCCAUGUCACGCCCCGACCCGGCCCGACCCGACCGCGUCUCUUCUCCUUCCUUGCCACGACGACGAGACCAGACCGACGCGCUCCCUCUCGUGCACAACUGCUCAAGCAAAACCCCGCCCGCAGCCCACACCCGCCGCUCCGCCAUGGAUGGACAAGGAGGAGGAGGAUGGCUUCCGCUCGACCUGUCCCUGGCCACCGCGGGGGACCUGUCCCUAGCCACCGCGGGGCCGUCCGCGUCCGCGUCGGCGGGCGAGCGCCGGCCGAGGCCGAGGCCGAACCGGCGCACCGUGUCCUCGCUCUACGCUGAGCUCGGCGCCAUGCUCCCCAACCUCCCCACCGACCGGGCGGCGAGCAAGGAGGAGAUCGUGGAUGCGGCGGCCGAGCGGGUGAAGAUGCUGGAGGACACGGUGGCCGUGCUGGAGACGUACCGCGCGGUGCGCAGCCCCGCCGCCGCCGCCGCCGGGCGGCGGCAGCCCGAGGUGUCGGUGGCCGUCGGCGCGGUGUGCUUCUGCGCGCGGCUGCCGGCGCGGAGCCCCGGCGCGCUGGCGCGGGCGCUGGAGGCGUUCCACCGCCGCGGGGUCGAGGUCCUGGUGGCCACCGUGGGUCGCCACGGCCACGGCCAGGGCGCCGCCGUGCUCACCGUCACCGCCGCCGCCGCGCCGCCCGAGGUCCUCGAGAUGAUCAGGGCCGACAUCGCCGCCAUCUACUGAUGCUGGCUGAUCCAUGGAUGGAUACAUGGACUUGCUGCCUCGCGGUCGCGGCGACUGCACCUUUUGCUGGAGUACCUCUCAUCCGAUAGAUGGUCUCCUACUUCUGGUUUAGACUAGAUAAUAAUAGGUGAAAUGGUUUGUGCGGCAAUAACGUUAACAUGGGCAAAGGCAGGCGUUUUCGAUUGUUGCGUAGUUUCAGUUUCAAUCUGCAUAUUAACAAACUCUGAUUCGCAACUAGCUAGCCUUGUGCAACGAUCGGAGAUGUUCUUGUUUCCAUAAUCUUUUGGCAUCUUUAUUCGCA